AUGUCGCUCAACUUGAACUUGCUUGGUGUCGUCGGCCUGGUGUGCCUUGUCUGUUAUCACCUCAUUCAGCAGUGGAGGCACAAUGGCAAACUACCCCCUCGACCACCUGGACUCCCCUUGAUUGGCAAUGUCUUGCAGUAUGUGCCUGCCGCGAAGAAUCUCAGUCUACACCUACUGCUUAAUAAGUGGGCGCGCCAAUAUGGAGAAAUCUUUCGCGUCAAGCUAGGACCGGUCACUAUAUACUAUCUCAACUCUGAUGCUGCUGUCAAGGAGCUCAUGGACAGGAAGUCUGCGAGCACAUCUGAAAGACCAAACUGGAUCGAAGCCAACGACAUCAUGACCAACUCUUGGAAUGUGCUCUUUCUGCAAGCCUCCGAUCCACGUUGGAAGCACCAACGAAAGAUUACUCAUUCCGAACUAACGAGCCCCGUCAGAGCCGAUGCCGGACUUCCGUUUCUGUACUAUGAGACGGCCAAAUUCAUAUAUGAAACAUCGGUUGAUCAAGACGCUGGGACGGAUCAGCAGAACCUGUGGGCUCAGAUUGGCAGAUACACGUACAGCACUUUCGCCCUACAGACUUUGGGAUUGGAGAUCAAGAGCACACACGACCCAAAUAUCGACUACAUCCACGACUCUGGCUUGGAGUACAUCAAAGCGACCAUUCCCGGGUCUUACAUCGUUGAUACGUUUCCGUUUUUGCAAAAGUUACCCUUAACCCUGAAACCUUGGGAGCGCAAAGGUCGCGAUUUGUUUCUUGACAAUUUGAAAUGGGCAAUCAAAUUGAAAGACCAACUCAUGAGCGGUGGCUCGACGGCUCCAAAUGCCAAAGAGACGAUGCUGUAUCGGAUCUUGACCGAUGAGAAGCGCCUGGGAUUCGCAUCCGAGGAGGAAGCCUCAUACUUGAAUCUAAUGUUGAUCCAGGGGGCUGCCGAUACGAGCAAAAUGUCCACCAUGUCGUUUCUAGAAGCAAUGAUAACAUUUCCUGAGGUCCAGCGAAAGGCCCAAGAGGAGAUUGACAGGGUCGUGGGCGAUAGAGUGCCCGUCUGGGAAGAUCUCCAGAAUCUUCCAUACGUGCGAUGCAUGAUGAAAGAGGUCUGGAGAUGGAGACCACCAGUCGCGCUUGGUCACCCUCAUGUUACUACCAGGGAUCUCGAGUACAAGGGAAUGCUCAUUCCCAAGGGCUCUCGCUUACAUAUAAAUGCUUGGGCCAUUCAACACGAUCCAUCACGACACGAGGACCCUGAUGCGUUCAUGCCCGAACGUUAUGCUCAUGAUCAUGCUACUGCCCAGCAGAGUAUCAAUUCUCCCGACGUCGCCGAUCGUGACCAUUUUGCUUUCGGCUCUGGCCGAAGAAUCUGUCCAGGGGUCCACGUCGCAGAAAGGAGUCUGUCGGUUUCCAUCAUGAGAAUUCUUUGGUCUUUCAAUGUUGUUGUUGCGCCUAGAGCAAAGCUUCCUUUGAAUCCGAUGGAUUAUCCCGGGGCCAUGUUUGGCAAUCCGGGCUCUCACCUGCCUGCUUGCCUAGUGGUCAGAAGUGUCGAGAAGAAGAAGCUCAUUGAGAAGAAUUGGGAAGAGGAGAGGGUCAGAUUUGAGAACUCAAAAUCACGACGGGCUUGA